GAGGAGGUCAUGGAGUGGAACUCCCUGCUGAUGCUGCUGGAGGCCGCCGAGUACCUGGAGCGGCGGGAGAGAGAGGCCGAGCACGGCUACGCCUCGGUGCUGCCCUUCGACAGCGACCGGAGGAGGAGGCCGGCCCGCAAGCCCCAGAGCUGCCGGUCUUCUCAUAACGAACUAGAGAAGCAUAGGCGGGCUAAGCUUCGGCUGUAUUUGGAUGAACUAAAGCAGCUUGUUCCUCUUGGGCCAGAUAGCAGUAGACACACAACCCUCAGCCUUCUGAAAAGGGCCAAGACGCACAUUAAGAAAUUGGAAGAACAGGACCGAAAAGCUCUAAAUAUUAAGGAACAGUUACAACGAGAACAUCGAUACCUCAAGCGUAGAUUGGAACAACUCUCUGUGCAGGGUCUGGAGCGAGUCCGCACGGACAGCCUGGGUUCCACAAUAUCCACUGACUCCGAACAAGAGGUGGACAUUGAAGGGAUUGAAUUUCCGCCGGCGGAAAUGGACAGUAGCGGAUGCUCCAGCGAUGCUGAGGACCACUACAGUUUACUAAGCAGCUCAAGUGACACGGGCUACGCGCUUCCCCAUAGACUCAGCGCCAGGCUGGUGUAG